AGUUCUUUCUUCGCGUGUUUGAUUUUGUUUUGGUGGAGAAACAAAAAGAGGAGAGAUAUGGAGGAACCUAGGUUGUUGGAGGUACGGGAAGAUUCAAGAAGAGCGAUUGGAUUUACCUGGGGUAUAUUUAUACAAGAAGCAAAGAUUACAAAUUAUAUUGGUGGUCCAAUGGUUGUUGUUACCUUAUCUAUGUAUCUUUUACAAGUUGCAUCCAUGAUGAUGGUUGGUCAUCUUGGUGAACUUUCUCUAUCUAGUGCUGCCCUUGCCACUUCGCUUUGCACUGUUACUGGUUUCAGCAUUAUGCUGGGUAUGGCAAGUGGAUUGGAAACUCUAGCCGGACAAGCUUUUGGUGCAACACAAUAUCGAAAACUAGGAAUCUAUACUUGGAGCGCAACAAUCUCCCUUACCUUGGUUUGCAUCCCGAUCUCUUUUCUAUGGGCUUCAAUUGGGAAACUACUUACUCUUACAGGUCAAGACCCCUUAAUCUCUCUUGAAACAGGCAAAUAUGCGACAUGCUUGAUCCCUGCAUUAUUUGCACAUGCAGCUCUCCAGCCAUUAAUGAGAUAUUUCACAUCUCAGAGUCUAAUCGUUCCAAUGUUAUUAAUUAUGCCAAUUUCAGUAUGUAUCCACAUACCUCUUUGCUGGGUUUUGGUUUAUAAAUCUGGGUUGGGAAGUAUUGGAGCUGCUUUAGCAAUUGGUAUAUCAAACUGGAUCAGUGUGGUCUUUCUCGGGUUGUACGCAGUGUAUUCUCCUUCAUGCGAGUUAACUCGUACAUCCCUAACAAAAGAAGCAUUUCAAAGGUGUGGAGAGUUUUUACGUAUAUCGGUUCCUUCUGCUGUAAUGAUUUGUUUGGAAUGGUGGUCAUUUGAGAUAAUAAUCCUUCUAUCUGGACUUUUACCUAAGCCACAACUCGAAACUUCAGUCCUCUCCAUCUGCCUUACGACUAUCGGAUUGGUCUACAUGAUACCAUAUGGACUUGCUGCUGCUGUAAGCACUCGAGUUUCAAAUGAAUUAGGAGCUGGGAGACCAGAAGCUGCACGUUUGGCUGUCUGCUCCGUGAUGAUUAUUGCAAUAACUGAGUUGGUUAUAAUGAGCUUGGUGCUCUUUGCUUGUCGUAAUGUUAUGGGCUAUGCUUACUCCAAUGAGAAGGAAGUCGUCCACUACGUGACAGAAAUGGUUCCCUUUAUUUGUUUGUCAGUCAUCAUGGACAACCUACAGGGUGUCCUCUCAGGUGUUGCUAGAGGAUGUGGAUGGCAGCAUAUUGGUGCUUAUGUAAAUUUAGGAGCAUUCUAUCUUGCUGGAAUUCCUGUAGCUGUUUUGUUGGGCUUUCGUUUACAUUACGGAGGCAAGGGACUUUAUACCGGAAUAUUAACUGGAUCUUUUAUACAAACAGCUACUCUCGCUUUUAUAACUUGCCGAACUAAUUGGGGGUACCAGGCAAGGAAGGCAGCGGAAAGGAUGCUUCAAGGCCAAGACGUUUCAGUGGAAGUAAAUGAAUAAUUAAGGAUAGAUCGAAGAAACAACAUAAGACUGAAAAUACAUCCUCCUCAGUGAUCAGAUUUUGGGAGGAUCUUGAGGGCCUUGCGGGUGUUUCUUUUCUUCUUGCAGUGUUUAUCGUUCUUGUUUUCUUUUGCCAGUUUGUAUCUUGUGACUUAUUCCGCUUUAUAUAUACAUUUGGUUUUCCACCUGCUUAGA